UUCUAUCCCACCCUCUCCUUCCAUUGUCACCAGCUACAUUCCCCCCCUCAAAUACAUGCGGAGAUACUCUCAUGAAGUCCAGAUUCCCGGUCCGAGGCUUUCUGCGAUUCAACUCCUCCGCCCCGCCAACCAAACCGGCCCCUCCCCUCCCGGCGCAAUCGAGUUAUGAGCAUGGAUCCUCGUCAUCUCCGCCCAAGAAACAGGGCCUCUGGUUCCGGCUGGCUCUCGUGAGUGCCGCCGCGGCCGGAGUAGGCGCCUAUGUCCGAUCGCAACAAUCCAAAUCCUCCGUGUUAAACCCCGUCACCUUCACCCCCUACUAUCUCGUCUCGAAGGAACCCGUCUCGUCGACUGGCAGUCUAUUCACGCUUCGACCAUCCCACGCCGGCGGGAGUAACUCCCAGGUGUACGAGGAUGCUUGGAAGACGGGGGUCUGGAGCGUCAUGUUCAAACAGCCCCAGCUGCAAAUCGGCCGGGACUAUACACCUCUACCGUCGUGGACAGCCGUGGAGGAUCAGGAGGGCUCCUUGCGCUUUUUCAUCCGCCGCGAUGCCUUCGGAGAGAUGUCUCGAUAUCUGCACAGCUUAGAAGUAGGGACCCCGGUGGAUAUCCGCGGUCCUCGCAUCGAGUGUGAGAUCCCGCCCGAUACACAGCAGGUUCUGUUCAUCGCGGGCGGGACGGGAAUCGCCCCAGCCUUGCAGGCUGGCUAUACGCUUCUUUCCCGGGACGGCCCAUCCCCGGAGUCGAGGAGAAUCCAUAUUCUUUGGGCGAACCGGCAACGGAACGAUUGCGCUGGUGGGCGAAGCGAUCACACGGCAACCACCGGAGAAGCCAAGCAAUCGUGGCUGUCAAGUCUCUUCCGGUCGUCGACGGACCACCAGAAGCCUCCCUCGGAUAUCAACCACCGGCCCUCUCACGUCGUUCAAGAAUUGGAAGCGCUCAAGGCGCAGUACCCUGGACAGGUAACGGUCGAGUAUUUCGUCGACGAGGAGGGCACCUCCAUAACGAAACAACACAUCACGGACUUUACGAACUCGUCACCUGCCCAACAGCGCAAGAUGAUCCUCGUUUCCGGGCCAGAAGGCUUCAUCAGCUAUAUGGCCGGGCCCAAACUCUGGGCCCAGGGGAUGGAGCUCCAAGGACCGCUGCGGGGGGUUCUCCGAGAACUGGACCUGAAAGAUUGGGCGGUUUGGAAAUUAUGAAUGCGUUCCAUGACCACUCGGUUCUCUUGCGACUGUAACGAACGGGGCGCGGUGUUUAUAUAGAUCACCUGCGUGUUGG